AUGGCUAACCUUAAAGUUGCUUACGUCCCAGAACACUUCUCUACUCCGUUAUUCUUUGCUAAUGAUGAGAAGUACUUUGCUGCUAAGAACAUCAGUGUUGAAUUUGUGCCGGUACCAGAAGGCACUGGUCGUUUGAUCAAACUAGUAAGCAGUAAAGAAGUGGACAUAGCCAUUGGAUUAACUGAAGGUUUUAUAGCCGAUGUUGCUAAAGGGAAUGGUGCUUAUCAAAUAGUAGACACAUAUGUGAAGUCGCCAUUAUGUUGGGCAAUUAGUUCUGGUAAUCCCAGGAACGAUAUUCAAAAGCCAGAUGAUUUACAAGGUAAGACAAUUGGUGUUUCCAGAAUUGGUAGUGGUUCUUAUAUCAUGUCAUAUGUUUUAGGACUUCAAUUGAAUUUCCAAGAACCUUACUUCAAUGAUUUUAAAGUUUGUUCCAACUUCAAAACCUUACGUGAAUCUGUUAAUCACAAAACAGAGGAUGUUUCAUUGUAUAGUGAUGCAUUUAUGUGGGAACAUUUCACUUCCAAAAAGUAUUAUGACAACGGAGAGAUCAAGAAAAUAGGUGAAAUAUAUACUCCAUGGCCAUCGUGGGUGAUUACUGUUAAUCAGGAAACUUUAAAAAGUAAAACUAAUGACAUUAAGAAUUUCCUUGUUUCGGUUAAUCAAGGUAUACACCAUUUCUUAGAAAAUCCAGAGAAGGCUACUAAAUGGAUCAGUGACAAUUUAGAUUACAGCGAAGAAGAUGCACAAUCUUGGUUGAAAACAGUUGAAUUUAAUGAUCAAUUGGGUCAAGUUCCAAUUGAUUGGGUUAAAGUGGUGGAAAAAACAGCUGAUACUUUGAAAAUUGCUGGUGUAUUAACAGAUGAUGACGCUACCAUUGAUUCGAGAUUGAAAGCUGGUGUACUUAGUAAGCCUUUGUAG